AUGAGUAUUUAUAGGAAAAAUGUUUUCAUAGUAAAUUGUUUAUUUAAAGUCAGAAGACACACUGUGUUAAGAAGAUGUGUACAUGAUUUCAAGAGUAUUCCAGGACCCAAGUCAUUACCGGCUAUAGGCACCCUUUAUCAGUAUUUUCCUGUAAUCGGAAAUUAUCGCUUUGACGAAUUACCUUUGAAUGGUCUUAAAAAAUAUAAUAAGUAUGGACCUAUCGUCAGGGAAGAAAUCGUGCCAGGAGUCAAUGUUGUAUGGUUAUUCGAUCCAAAGGAUAUUGAAACGUUGUUUAGACAGGAAGGAAAAUACCCACAGCGAAGGAGUCACUUAGCAUUGGAGAAAUUUCGCUUGGACAGACCAAAUGUGUACAAUUCUGGAGGAUUAUUACCCACGAACGGGCCGGAAUGGUUUAGAAUCCGAAGUGUUUUCCAAAGAGGCCUUAGUAUUCAGUCUGUGAAGAAAUUUAUAAACAGUGUCAACAGUAUUAUACAGGAAUGGUUAAUACAUGUAGAAUCAAUGGACAACAAUCCCGAGUUGGAUUUCCUGCCGGAGUUAUCUAGAUUAUUUUUAGAAUUAACUGGACAAACUACCCUUGAUAUUCGACUGAAUAGUUUUACUCCUCGUGAACGAGGGAAACACUCCAGGUCGAGCCGUCUAAUAAAAGCUGCAGAAGUAACUAAUUCUUGCAUAUUGAAAACAGACAACGGCCCGCAGUUAUGGAGAAAAUUUGACACUCCCUUAUAUAAGAGACUAAAAUAUUCACAGACAUUUAUGGAACAGGUAGCAAUAGAUUUAAUAGCACUUAAAAUGUCAUUGUUUACGGACCGAGAGAACAGCCAACCUUCUCUGCUCGAUUCCUAUUUAUCAUCUCCUGAAGUAGAUUUUAAAGACAUAAUUGGCGUUGUCUGUGAUUUUCUUUUAGCAGGGAUAGAUACAUCAGCCUAUACUACCAGUUUUGUUUUAUAUCAUAUAGCCAAUAGUCCUAGUGUUCAAGAAAAUCUUUAUAAAGAAGCACACAGAUUAUUACCAAGCCAACUUUCAAGAGUUACAGAAGAAAUAUUAAGUGAAGCAGUAUAUACCAAAGCCGUACUUAAAGAAUCCUUAAGGUUACGUCCUAUAUCUGUGGGAAUCGGAAGGAUUUUACAAAAUGAUGCUCAAUUCUCAGGAUAUACAGUACCUGCAGGAACGAGCAUUGUUAGCCAGAAUCAGAUAUCCUGUCAACUAGACAAAUAUUUUCCUCGGCCUGAAAAAUUCGUACCUGAAAGAUGGUUAAAAAAUCAUUCUUUAUACCAACAGCCACAUCCUUUUCUUCUUUUGCCAUUCGGACAUGGACCAAGAUCGUGCAUAGCAAGGCGGUUAGCUGAACAGAAUAUGAUCAUUUUGUUAUUAAAAGUGUUCCGUAAUUUCCGAAUAAGAUGGAGAGGAGGAAAGUUGGAUAGUAAAUCGUAUCUUAUAAAUAAACCAGAUGGACCAAUACUACUCGAAUUUAUUAAAAGACAAAAAUAA